AUGGCAGCUAAGAUGAUCAUUUUCGCAGCCUGCGUGGCCGCCGCACUAGCCGACUACUCCGCCCCAGCUUACCCAGCUCACCACGCUUACGCCGCUGAACACUCAGCCCCAACCCCAUACAACUUCGAGUACAGUGUAAGCGACCCACACACUUACGACGUCAAGAGCCAAUCCGAACACAGUGACGGACACGGAAACGUCAAGGGAUCGUACAGCCUUUUGGAAGCCGACGGUUCCACCCGCGUCGUCGAAUACACCGCCGAUGACCACAGCGGAUUCAACGCUGAAGUCAAGAAAAUCGAAGGGCACGGACACGGUUACAGCGCACCCGCUUACAAAUCCGCCCCGGCCUACAAAUCCGCACCGGCUGCAUACGCUGGACACUCUUACGCUGCCCCAGCUGCAUACGCUAGCCACUCAUACGCCGCCCCAGCUGCAUAUGCCGCCCCGGCUGUAUACGCCGGACACUCGUACGCCGCCCCAGCUGCAUACGCCGGACACUCGUACGCUGCCCCAGCUGCAUACGCCGGACACUCGUACGCCGCCCCAGCUGCAUACGCCGGACACUCGUACGCCGCCCCAGCUGCAUACGCCGGACACUCGUACGCCGCCCCAGCUGCAUACGCCGGACACUCGUACGCCGCCCCAGCUGCAUACGCCGGACACUCGUACGCCGCCCCAGCUGCAUACGCCGCACACACUUACUCCGCCCCGGCUUACAAACCAGUUGCAUACAAGGCAUACUAA